GGUGGCAGCACGUUCUGGUCUCGCAUCCCUGGUCUCUUGACUUCUUAGUCGACUCCGUGAAUUUUAAUUAAAUUUAACUUGCUACAAACCGCCAAUUGCGUACGUGCAAGAUACGCAGGCGGAGUAACGUGCCGGUUAAACUGAAGAAGUGCAAGUUUGAAAUAAAAAUGUGAAUAGAAAGUGGGCAAAUCGCACAAAAAUAUUUACCAAUUUCUCACUCACAAUCUUCACAUCUUGAGAAAAUGAGGUGCUGCUGUUGUGCAAAAAUAAAAAGCCAAGAACUAUGACGCAUCAAAAUCAUCAGACAAACGGCGCAAGUUUGGAGGAUUGCCAUACAAACUUUUAUGCCUUGACUGAUUUGUGUGGAAUUAAAUGGCGAAAGUUCGUGAAUGGCGAACGGCCGAAUGCGUCGUCGGAUCCGCUGUCGGAUCCGAUUCUGCGAUCCUAUUCACGAUGCAUGCAGGCGGACAUGUUGUGCGUGUGGCGUCGUGUGCAAUCCACGAAGCAGGACAACUCCGAUCCGAAUGCCUUAAACUUUGAGAUUACCACAUCGACCACUGUGCACCCGCCCCUCUCCCUCGCCGCCGCCAAGGAGCUCUGGAUCUUCUGGUACGGCGAGGAGCCGGAUCUCAGUGAUCUCGUCGAUGCCGAGCUGCUCAAAAUAGCGGCCAAUCAAGCGCUCUGGAAUGGCACCUGGAAGGGCGAGCUUACCUACGAAUGCCGCUCGCUGCUCUUCAAGGCGUUGCACAAUCUCAUGGAAAGAUUUGUGCUCACCAAGGACAUUGUGCGCUUUGGCAAAUGGUUUGUGCAACCUUGCACCUCCAGCGAUCGUCUCUUUGGACGCAGUUCGCAGCAUUUGUCCUUCUCCUUCACGUUCUUCGUGCACGGCGACACAGUGUGCGCCUCGAUUGAUCUGCGGGAACAUCCCGCCGUGCGUCCGCUCACCAAGGAGCAUUUGGCGGAGGCGGCGGUUGCCUUUGCCGCGGCAAGUGGACAGACGACAGCGACAGCGACGCAACGUGGCCAGGACAAUGGAACAAACGGUGUUGUGGCUGCCACAACAACGUUGCCCGCCAGCUCACCACCACUUGCAGAGGGACCCGGAGCAACAGGAGUAGCAGGUGGAGGAAGUGGCGAGAAGGCAGUAACAACAACAGCGCCGGCACAAGCACGUAAAGUGAUGUUGGCUCCCUUUGGCAUUGCGGCAAUACUCACCGGCAACAGUUACAAGGCCAACGAUCCCAUGGCCGAAAAGAUCCUCGAGGAUUGGGCAUCGUUUUUCCCGCUGUGCAAUAAGGACAACACGGAUGUGCCGCCAGUCGUUGAGGUUGUGUCAGGUGGUCAUAAGAUGUAUCAUCCAACGAACUAUGUACUAGUCACAGAUUUGGACGACAUGGAGCACAUGGAGUUUAAUGAGUUGCACAAGGCGAAUGGAACUGGAACUGGCAGUGUUGCAACUGGAACGACAGUGGAAACAGCUGUAUUGGCAUCGCUCUCCUCACCACUUGCAACAACAGCAACAACUCCUGCGGCAACAAUAACAACAACUGCAGCAGCAACAACAACAGCAACACCUGCAGCAACUCCAACAGCAGCAAAAGAGACAGCUGCCAACAACAACAAUAGCAACAAUAACAACAAUAACAAUGCGAGAAAGGCAACAUUGGAACGUUUAACGUUUCAACCUUAUUACGAUCAGCGUCCCACAUCAGGAUUUACGUUUAAUACCAACAAUACUCAUAUUCCCGCUACGGCGGCAAUUGAAAUGCCGGAACGUGCGUGGCAGGAUUGUAUAAUGAAUACGUUGCAUGUGGAUGCAGCUGCGACAGCGGCAGCGACGUCAGCAGCAGCAGCGACAGCAACAGCAACAACAGCAGCAGCAGCCAAUGAUGAUGAAAUGGAUGCCAAGCAAAUGGAUUCCAAGCAACAUGUGCAGCAGCAGAUCCAACAACAACAACAACAACAGCAGCAACAACAGCAGCGUCAAAAGCUGUGGAACUUUGUGGAUCCUAUGCAGAAAGCUCCUUGCAUAUGCACCAAACACCUGGCGGCAAGUGCAACAUUAGGUGGCAGCACGGGCAACACGCCCAGUCAUGGCACGCCCCAUGGAGGCGGAGGAGGUGCCUCAACGUAUUCACGCAACUCUUUGGGGGAUUCAUCAUCGAUGCCAGCAGUUGCCUCUUCCUCGGUGGGAUCACCUGCAACACCGGCGCCUUCACCGCAUCCGCAUCCAAACUCAGCGCAAUCACAACCUACAUCGGUGCCACCCGCUGAGCAACUACUCAAUAUGAGUCCACAUGCGCCCACAUCAGUUUCGAAUCUCCAGCAGCCGCCCACGCCCAUCGAUCACCUGCUGGACAAGAACACGCCCGCUCCGACGCCAACGGAUCAGCACGAUAACAAGAGCAUAACCGCUUCUCCUUACGUGCAUGGCGGGGAACCACCAACCUACACGGAGCAUGGAGGCGCCACAGGAGCUGGACAAACGCUGAGUGCACCUGGCAGUGUGCCACAACAGCAACCAGCAACACCGACAUCAGCAACUGCAACUGCCACUACGCCAGCAGCAACAGGAGCAACGGGAGCGACAGCAGCAACUGUUGCUGCCACAGCAGCCGGCGUGGCAGCAACACAAUGUGGCACGAUUAGUGUGAAGAAACUGGAGAUGCAACAGCAGCCCAUGCUAACGGUUAAACAGGAGCCAGGCACAGGCUUAGGCCAAGUUGCAACACGUGGCAUUGUGGCACAAACGUCAACAGUUGCCACACAGGAGGCGGUCACAAAUCUAUUCAAUCUCUACAAGCCGCCACAAUUGACGCUCAAGGAUGCAGACAGCUUCUACGACGAGGAAUGGCUCAAGGAUGUCAUCUAUGACUUUAGUUUUCAGGAGUCCUGGGACAAUCUGCCGGUGAAGCGACCCAAGUUGAAUGAAACCGCCAAGCAGCGAAGACCGCGUUAUGCCAAAAAUCUGUACGAUGGUCACACGCACUUUAAGCCAUUGAUGCCGUCGCCGGGAUCCGUAUAUGGCUCACUGCUCUCCAUAGAUGGCAAUGCGGCGACGACGCAGCUUAAUCCGGUAGGAGGAGAGGCAGGAGGAGUGGGAGCAGGAGGAGCAACAACUGGUGGCGGACUGGUGGGCAUUGCCUAUGGUGGCAAUGGAAGCGGAGGCGUCUCCAGCAGCGAUGAGGCGGACAAUGCAAGUGCUGGCGGCGUCACAGCCAGCUUCUUUCAGGGACUGGACAUUAAGACAGAGCCGGGCUUGCAUUCGCCCAGCUGCAAGGAGUCCAAGUCGAGUAGUGGCCAGGCGAGUGGUGGUGGCAAUCUCUUCACCGCCGAGGGUCUAAAUCCCACACUCAAUGAUCUGGAGCAGCUGUUCGAGACGAGCUCGAAUGAUGAGUGCAGCAGCGUGCAGAUCCAUACGCCACCCGACUCCAAUAAUCCCUCGAACGGAGGUUGUAGUGCCGUGAGCAAUACAAUUGAUGAGCUCAAACGGAGCACGGCGGUGGCCAGUGCUGUGGUGGCUGCGGUGGUGGCCAGUUCUGGUGCCGGCAGCAUUCAGGCAGAGGAUUUAACCAAAAUGUUUCCCACACCGCCAUCACAUGAGCAACAACAUCCCAAUUCAAGUCCCUGCCAGACGGAUGUGGUCAUGACGGAUCUAAGUGUGGAUACAGGGAAUAACAACAACAAUAGCAACAACAACAACAACAACAACAAUAGCAGUAGUAAUAAUAAUAAUAGCAAUAACAAUAAUAAUAACAAUAGCGCUGUUGUGCUCAAGCUCACAAAGCAGGAAUAUAGCGUGGAACUGGGCAGUCCACUGGAGGAGCCCAUACAGGAUUGGAACUAUGUGUAUCGACCGCCGCAGCAGGAGAAAUUUGUGGGCAGCUCACGUUAUGCGCCAUUGACAAAUCUGCCAAGUCAGACGCUGCCGGCGCUGACAGUGCCCGCCAAUUGUUUCUACCAUGCCACCUGGAGUCACAGUCAAAAGUCGCGAGCAGCAACAUUGGCCAAAGCAGCAGCAGCACAGCAACAACAGCAGCAACAUCAGAAGCAUCAGCAGCUGCAGCAGCGCAUACAACAACAUCAGCAAUUGCAGCAGCAACAUCAGCAACAGUUGCAGCAACAACAUCAGCAACAGCAGCAGCAGCAACAGUUGCAACAUCAAAAACAUCAGCAAUUACAUGAUUUAUUGGCGGCAGGACCAAGAACACCAAUGAAUACAACAGCAAUGCCGUCACCUUCGACUGGAACCGCAACUGUUGCACAACCGUUGAGCAGCGGUGGCAGUCAACUGUUGCUCAAUCAAUUGAACUGUCCACAGGCGCCGCCGGGCAGCUCCAUGCAACAGAUGAUGCAACGUGCCACCGGCAUGUCACCCAUGCCCAAUUCACCGGUGAAUUCAGGUGUGCCCUUUCCACGCAGCAGUCCCAUGCCACACGGUGGCAUGCGACAGACGCCCACACAUCCGCCGCCUCCAUAUCCCUAUGACUUGGCCGCGAGUCCGGCAAAUUCCACUGGCUCUUAUCAUAAUAAGCCUUAUGGUGCACCGGAGACAGGGCCACAGGGUGUUUCACAUCAUAAUUUUGGACAGCUGGCAACGCUGGACAACAACAAUUCGAAGCUGGCCAUGUUGCCAUACGGAGCAGCAGCUGGACAGGCACAGGGCGCACAAGGCACACAAGGCGCACAUGCACAGGGUGUGCUGGGUCUGCUGCAGGAGCUGCCCGAGGUGAAUUCAGUGUUGGUUAACAUACUGCUGUAUGAUACGGCGCUGAAUGUGUUUCGCGAUCACAAUUUUGACAGCAGCAGCGUGUGUGUGUGCAAUGCGGAUGCGCAGAAGAUUGGCAACAUACGUGGCGCCGAUUCGGGUGUCUAUGUGCCACUGCCAGGUGGCAGCUUCAAUCCCUUUCCGGCUGCCACACAGCGCAACAACUCGGCCAGCAACAACUCCGGCAACUCCGGCAACUCUGCGUCUUCAACCAGCUCAUCCAGCUACAAUUUCUCGGGUGGCAUGCGCAUGAUCAGUGCCUUUGGUGUGGGUCUGGACGCGGGCGGAUUACCAGGUGCCGGACAUGGACCCAAUGGUGGUUCCAGCUCCUCCUCCUGCACGCCGCCCAGCAGUAAUCCCCAUAUAACCGGCUAUGUGGAUGAUGAUCCAGUGGAAUGCACCUGCGGCUUUAGUGCUGUGGUCAAUCGAAGACUCUCCCAUCGCGCUGGACUCUUCUACGAGGAUGAGCUGGAGAUUACGGGCAUUGUGGAUGAUCCGGGUCGGAAUAAGCAGGCCACAUUGCUCAGUCUCAUACAGAGCUUGUGUCGGAAGAGUGUCCAAAGCAAAACCGGAGGAGCAAGUGACUCAAGCAGGGAACUGGAGAAGGUAGCAGUUGGCACAGGAGCGGCAACGGCAGUGGGCGUGGCCGUGGGCGUGGCUGAGCAGCUGGCACAUGCCAUCUUUGAUCUUCUGCUCGAUCAGUGCUCCAUCAUCCAAACGUCGAGCAGUUCGGUGCAUCGUGCUCUGCAAUCCCAUCGUCGUCGCAUGUCCCGACAGCGGCGACUCUUUGGCAACAGCGGUGCUCCGACUGCUUCGAUGGAGUCCAUAGCAAAUGUCCUGGAAUUCACGGAUGCGCAUGAUGUGAUCAGUUUGGCAUUGGAGCAGGCGCGUCUGGCCUUUGAGGAUCAACGCAUGGACAUGAAUAUGCUGGAGUUUAAUCAUCAUCCACAGCAUGGACAUGGACAUGGUCAUGCUCCCGCCCAGCAGUCACAGCAAUUGAUGGCAUUCCAGGCGGCGCCUGCUCUGCGUCAGAAACUCUUGGCUCUGGGCAGUGGACGCCUAACGGUGCACAAGUGGCCAUAUCUACCUGUGGGAUUCACCCGGAGCAACAAGGAAAUUGUGCGCACUAUGAAUGCCAUACAGCCUAUGCUCCAGAGUGCCUUCCAUUGCAAGUCCCGGGGAGGAGCUGCCGGCUCCAAGGAUGCCAGCUCCUAUAAUACGGUUAGUGGUCCAUUGACCUGGCGGCAAUUCCAUCGGCUGGCGGGACGUGCAUCCGGACAGUGUGAACCACAGCCGAUACCCUCGGUGGUGGUGGGCUAUGAGAAGGAUUGGAUAUCGGUGGCACCACAUUCCAUUCACUAUUGGGAUAAGUUUCUGCUCGAACCGUAUUCCUAUGCCCGGGAUGUGGUCUACAUCGUUGUCUGUCCGGAUAACGAACAUGUGGCCUCGUAUACACGCACCUAUUUCCGUGAGCUGAGCAGCACCUACGAGAUGUGCAAGCUGGGCAGGCACACGCCCAUCCGCGGCUGGGAGGGAGUGCUCCAAGUGGGCGCAGCUGCCAGCACGGAAAAGGAGCGGGAAGUGACGCCGCUGGAUGAUUGGCUGCGCACCUUGGAGCAUGCUUCACUCGCCGAGCAGAUCCGACGUUAUGCCAUUGCCUUUCUCUAUCAAUUGGCGCCGUAUUUGAGUCGUGUGCCAGCUGAUAAAAGUCUGUUGAAUCCGCCGGAUCUGAGUAAAACAGGAGGAACAACAGGCGGAGCAACAGGAGGAGGAGCAACAGCAGGAGCCAACACAGGCACAGGUUCAAGCCACACGGAGCACACUAGUGAACCGAGCACACUCAUCAAACUGGAACCCGGCACGGAGCAGCAACCGGAGCAACCGGAUAGCAAACAGGAUGUUAAGCCUGGUGUUGGCGCUGGCGCCGAUACAAAACCUGCACUGGUCCUAGGUGAUCCUUUGGGCAUGGGUGAAACCCUAGAGGACAUUAAUCCAUCGGCCAUUGUGCUCUAUGUGGUGAAUCCCUUUACCUUUGCCUCCGACAGCUUUGAGCUGGAGAGAUUGGCAUUGAUUGCCUUGCUGCGUUGCUAUGCGGAACUCCUGAAAGCUGUGCCGGAUUCGGUGCGUGCCCAGAUGAACAUACAAAUCAUCUCGCUGGAGUCCAUCAUGGAGCUGGGUCCCUCGGGGAAUCGGCGUCGCUUCUCGGAUGAGAUCAAGUGCCUGGCACUGAAUAUUUUCUCACAGUGUCGUCGGCAUUUGGUGCAUGCACAGCCGGUGAAAAGCUUGACGGGAUUCGGUACGGCCGCCAACAUGGAGGCCUUCCUGAAGACCAAGGAUGAACCCAAUCGAAGGGCUUAUAAGAUGUAUACGGCUCCCUUUGUGCUCGCUCCGAUGCACGAGCGGAACGACAAGACGGAUUUCUCCCGGGCAGCGGGAAGUAUGCACGGCCAGAAUGAGACCCGUUACUCGGUCAUGUACUGCAACUACUGUCUGAGUGAGGAUCAGGCCUGGCUGCUGGCCACCGCCACCGAUGAGCGGGGCGAGCUGCUGGAGAAGGUGUGCAUCAACAUCGAUGUGCCGAAUCGGGCGAGGAGGAGGAAGGCGCCGGCUCGUUAUGUCGCCCUGCGCAAGCUGAUGGACUUUGUCAUGGGUCUGAUCUCGCAGACGUCGCAGAUGUGGCGUCUGGUCAUCGGACGCAUCGGCAGGAUCGGGCAUAGUGAGCUCAAGUCCUGGAGCUAUUUGCUGAGCAAACAGCAACUGCAGAAGGCAUCCAAGCAGUUCAAGGACAUGUGCAAGCAGUGCACCCUCAUGUAUCCGCCGACCAUCCUCAGUGCCUGCUUAGUUACCCUCGAGCCCGAUGCCAAGCUUCGGGUUAUGCCCGAUCAGUUUACGCCCGACGAGAGAUUCUCGCAGAUCUCCAUGCAAAAUCCGUUGUCGACGCCGCAGGAUGUGACCUGUACACACAUAUUGGUCUUUCCAACCAGUGCCGUCUGUGCGUCCUUUACACGCCAGUUCCAGAACGAGCCACAAGUGGACGAUGACUUCAUCUUUGGAGAAGAGGAGGGCAACGAGGACUUUAGCGAUGCCGAUAUCGGUGAUCUCUUCUGGGACUCUCACAUGGAUCGUGUCUCAAAUCAUGGCAGUCCAGGACGCAUGGAGGAUAAUCGCAGCUGGCAAAGCGCUGGAGGAAAUAAUUUCAAGUGCACGCCACCGCAGGAGGUCGAGGAGGUGGGUUCCCUCAAUCAACAGCCGAUAUCGGUGGGCUAUAUGGUAUCGACAGCGCCAACGGGACGAAUGCCAGCCUGGUUUUGGUCCGCCUGUCCGCAUCUGGAGGAUGUGUGUCCAGUGUUCCUGAAGACCGCAUUGCAUUUGCAUGUGCCGAAUAUUCAGAUAGCCGAUGAUAUACUCAACUCGACGAACGCCCAUCAGUCGGCCAAUGAUCAUCCGCUGGACUCGACACUGACAGCCGAUGUGCUACGCUUCGUGCUAGAGGGCUAUAAUGCAUUAUCCUGGCUGGCCCUCGAUUCCAAUACGCACGAUCGUCUCUCCUGUCUGCCGAUCAAUGUGCAGACUCUCAUGGAUCUGUACUAUUUAACAGCAGCCAUAGCAUAGACAACAACAGAACCAACAACUACAAUACUAGAGCAAUAACAGUAACACUAACAGUAACAUUAACAGAAACAGUAACAGUCGAAUGCUUCCGUUUGCUGUACUUCCAAACAACUAAAACAAAAUCACAAAUAGCCGAAAUCCACAAGUGCUAUAAUUAACUACUUAUAUAGAUCAAAAAUUGAAAACCAAAAGAAAGAAACACCAAUAGCAAUGCAACAAAACUGAAGUUAACAGUCCAAAAAGCAACAACUAACAGUUGCAGUAACAGUCGCUGUUACUUAACAUUGUCUUAACAGCAACAACGCACAGUUUAGCGUAUAUAGAUAUAUGUAAACAACAGAGAGCCUUGUAAUAAUUAACAGCAGCAGCAGCCUUACAGCCUUACAGCACAGGGUGUGCCAACAUCUGAAUCGAUAAACAAUAAAUCGAUAACGUAUGGAGAGCAAGAAUAAGA